AUGGAUCUAAUCAACCGUUUUGGCCAUGUAAAGAUUGAGAAUGAACAAGUUUUUGAUUGGUUUGGCAAUGGAGAAUCAGUACCCGAGCCACCAACAUGGAAGCAAGACUUUCCAAUCCCACCUUCCAUUGAUAUUCAUCAAGAGUUUUAUAACAACUAUUCAACUUUUUAUGAACUUACAUAUUAUGAUAAUCCACCUUUUGAUUUAUCAACGGAGAUGAUGGAUAACACUAUUCUAUAUGAUCAAACCCAGCAUGAUCACAAACUAUUCAACAUAACUGAUGAUUUCAAAAUCAUGAACUCUAAAUUUCUCUCUCUAGAAGAAUACUUUCCAUCCGGAUGUCUUGAAGAUCUAUCAGUUCAACCAUUGAAUUAUGCUCCUCCACCUAAUGAUGAAACACGUAACAGUAUUACUAAAGUUUCUACUGAUACUAGUGGUAACCCUAAUUUUUCUCAUGAUCAGGAGGUUCAGAACUACCCAUCAGAUGUCAUAAAAAUGGAAAGCAGAGAAAUUUUUGAAGGUGGUUUCAGUUUUUUUAAGAAAGAUGAAGGUCAUAGAGAGAUGAUUAAGACCGGUAUUACUUAUAACCCCCCAGCGUCUUAUCGACCGAGGUCGACGACGAAAUCAUUAUCCAUUGAUUUUGAUGACAUCUCGAAGCAUUUUGAUGUUCCGAUAACGAAAGCAGCAAAGAGAAUGAAUGUCGGCUUGACGGCUUUGAAGAAAAGAUGCAGAGAACUGAAUAUUAAUAGAUGGCCUCACAGGAAAAUUCAAAGUUUGAAGUCACUCAUUGACAAUCUAAAGGAAAUGGGUUAUUGUGAUCCUAGAGAUACUGAAAUGUUAGAAGAAGAUAUAAGGAGGAUGGAGAAAUUCCCGGAUAUAGAAUUGAAUCUCAGAACGAAGAAACUAAGACAGGCUUGUUUUAAAGCUAACUUCAAAAAGAGAAGAGCAUCAUCAUUGUCCUGCUCCUAG